AAAGUAGUGCACUACAUAGGGAAUAGGGUCUAAAGUAGUGCACUACAUAGGGAAUAGGGUCAAAAGUAGUGCACUACAUAGGGAAUAGGGUCAAAAGUAGUGCACUACAUAGGGAAUAGGGUCAAAAGUAGUGCACUACAUAGGGAAUAGGGUCAAAAGUAGUGCACUACAUAGAGAAUAUGGUCAAAAGUAGUGCACUACAUAGGGAAUAGGGUCUAAACUAGUGCACUACAUAGGGAAUAGGGUCUAAACUAGUGCACUACAUAGGGAAUAGGGUGCCAUUUCAGGUGUAAACUCCAGUCCUGACUCUAUUUCCCAUUCGGCAGCAGACAGUUUGAUACGUUCGAUUUUCAAAACUUCCUUAUUUCCUUUUCUGAUGGCUGCUGGGAAAAUAUCAUUUUGAGGAAAGGUGUGAUGGAUGGAUUGUAAUUUCACCUGUUCUCUGUUCAGAUCAGUCGCCAUGAUAUCUUGGUUCACUCUUCGUCAUCACAGUGUUCGUCACGAUCUGAGGUGUCUGACCCUGUGAUUGGCCCCUCUGUGAUCCUGUAGUGACUGUGACUGUCUGGCCUCUCUCCUCUCUCUCUGCAUUGAAGAAUCUGAACCAUGUGGACCAGCGAAGGCGAAGUUCAGGUGACAGGGCGGAUGGAGACCACCCCUGCCAUGGGCGUCCCUAGUAUCUCUGUUUCCCAGCAACAGGCCCCUAAGAAGUUUGCCCCUGUGGUUGCCCCCAAACCUAAGUUCAACCCGUACAAGGAUCCCACUGACCUUGCAGGAGGGGACUAUCUCCCACCUCCUCCUCCUGCUGAAGACGGAGGCCUCUCGUCCUCCAUCUCUUUCCCACCACCUCCACCCAUGGACAGAGAAUAUCAGAUGCAUGGACCAGAGAAGACCCUGGAAGAGAGGCGGUCCAGUCUGGACGCUGAGAUUGACUCUCUGACCUCUAUCCUAGCUGACCUGGAGAGUAACUCACCUUACAAGCCCCACAAUGCACAGAACUCUGGAACUCUGACCAGUCCCAACGCUCCGGUGACAGGGUACAAACGUAUGGUCAUCCCCACCCAGCCUCCUCUGACGGCCACCAAGAAGUCCUCUCCCAAGGCCGGGGCCCCAGGCGGAACACUGCCCCGGCCCCAAGCGGAGAACUCCUCCUCAGCCUCCAUACUGGCCAGGCCCCAGUUCCAGACGGCCCCCCAGCCAGUCCCAGCCUCCUACGCCACAGCCUCCACCCCCAGCCAGCCCACCUUCAACGUUCAGGUGAGGUCUGCACAGCCCGGGCCCCAGCACCAGUCCCCUGGGCCCCCCCAGCAGUUUUCCCAGCAGCCCAACAGGAGCCCGGUCCAGUACAUGGCUGCCCAGCCCAGGGGCCCUGAUUUUGCCUAUGGGCCUCCCCAGCCAGGCUUCGCUCCUCAAGGCUACCCAGGGCAGGCCUACCCGGGAGCAGGAGGGUACGGGGGAGAACCAGGAGGCUACGGGGGAGAACCAGGAGGGUACGGGGGAGAACCAGGAGGCUACGGGGGAGAACCAGGAGGCUACGGGGGAGAACCAGGAGGGUACGGGGGAGAACCAGGGAACACCUGGAGACCCCAGACUAGCUAUACUGCUGCUCCUACCCAGCAGGGCUUCCCACAACCUGUCCCUAAGAAGACCUACAUCACUGACCCUCCUGCCAGCCUGGCGCCUCCUGUACACCUCGCCCCACAGAGGGCUCCCAGCGGUGCCAGGCCUGAGGAAGAACUGGAGAGGCUCACCAAGAAGAUGCUGUAUGACAUGGACAACCCUCCGGCUGAGGAGUACUUUGGGCGGUGUGCCAGCUGUGGGGAUAAUGUGGUGGGUGAGGGUACCGGCUGUACCGCCAUAGACCAGGUCUUCCACGUGGACUGCUUCAUCUGCAUGACCUGCAGUGGCAGGCUGCGCGGGAAACCCUUCUACGCUGUGGAGAAGAAGGCCUACUGCGAGCCCUGCUACAUCAACACCCUGGAGUCCUGUAACAUCUGCAGUAAACCCAUCAUGGAGCGUAUCCUGCGGGCUACAGGGAAGGCCUACCACCCACACUGCUUCACCUGUGUGGUGUGUCAACGCAGCCUGGACGGUAUCCCCUUCACUGUGGACGCUGCCAAUCACAUCCACUGCAUCGACGACUUCCACAAGAAGUUUGCCCCUCGUUGCUGUGUGUGUUCUGAGCCCAUCAUGCCAGCUCCAGGCCAGGAGGAGACUGUUCGUAUCGUCGCCUUGGACCGAGACUUCCACGUGCAGUGUUACCGUUGUGAGGACUGUGGUUCUCUGCUGUCUGAAGGGGACAACCAGGGUUGUUACCCCCUGGACGGACAUGUCCUCUGUAAGAGCUGUAACACCAGCCGUAUCCAGGCCCUCACCGCCAAGGCUACCACUGACCUCUGAACCCCAGAUACCCUGCUACACCGCCAAGGCUACCACUGACCUCUGAACCCCAGAUACCCUGCUACACCGCCAAGGCUACCACUGACCUCUGAACCCCAGAUACCCUGCUACACCGCUCACCUCUACUGCCUGGCUGGCUGCCCUUCAGCCCGACACACACACACGUACAUAUACACACGUACACACACACACACGUACACAUACACACACACACGUACACACACGUACACAUACACACACACACGUACACACACACACACACGUACACACACACACACACGUACACACACACACACACACACACACACACAUCUAUGAAUAUUAUGAAAUUGCUAAUGGGGAGAAACGAAGAUGUGACGGCCCUGAAAUGUUGACAGUCUCGGUACGAUCAUCAGCCUGUUGAUUCCUUUAUUGCUGUCAUUAUUAUUAAUGCCUGUGUCCCUCUACUUGCAUUUACUCUUUGACAUUGUAGUCACUUAGCAGACACUCCUUAAUCAGAGAGAUUCACAGGACAGUCAGCAAACACUCCUUAAUCAGAGAGAUUCACAGGACAGUCAGCAAACACUCCUUAAUCAGAGAGAUUUACAGGACAGUCAGCAAACACUCCUUAAUCAGAGAGAUUCACAGUACAGUCAGCAAACACUCCUUAAUCAGAGAGAUUCACAGGACAGUCAGCAAACACUCCUUAAUCAGAGAGAUUCACAGGACAGUCAGCAAACACUCCUUAAUCAGAGAGAUUCACAUGACAGUCAGCAAACACUCCUUAAUCAGAGAGAUUCACAGGACAGUCAGCAAACCAAAUCAAAUGUAUUUAUAAAGCCCUUCGUACAUCAGCUGAUAUCUCAAAGUGCUGUACUGAAACCCAGCCUAAAACCCCAAACAGCAAAGCAAGGCAGGUGUUGAAGCACGGUGGCUAGGAAAAACUCCCUAGAAACACUCCUUAAUCAGAGAGAUUCACAUGGGACAGUCAGCAAACACUCCUUAAUCAGAGAGAUUCACAGGACAGUCAGCAAACCAAAUCAAAUGUAUUUAUAAAGCCCAUUUUACAUCAGCUGAUAUCUCAAAGUGCUGUACUGAAACCCAGCCUAAAACCCCAAACAGCAAAGCAAGGCAGGUGUUGAAGCACGGUGGCUAGGAAAAACUCCCUAGAAACACUCCUUAAUCAGAGAGAUUCACAUGGGACAGUCAGCAAACACUCCUUAAUCAGAGAGAUUCACAGGACAGUCAGCAAACACUCCUUAAUCAGAGAGAUUCACAUGGGACAGUCAGCAAACACUCCUUAAUCAGAGAGAUUCACAUGGGACAGUCAGCAAACACUCCUUAAUCAGAGAGAUUCACAUGGGACAGUCAGUGUAUAUCGUUAGAUUUUUUUUCCUCGUCUUUAUGCUGUUGUUUCUCCUAGUUGACAAGCCGUCUGUCUCCUGUCCUGUCAUGUCAUGGGUGUGGACCAAAUGGCAGUCUAUUCCCUAUAUAAGUCCAGUAGUUUGGGCACUAUGGUCUACAGUAGUGUACUGUAUAGGGGAUAGGCUGCCAUUUGUGAUGUCUCCAUUCAUUCCAAUAUGCCUGAGCUGAUCUGGUUCCUCUGAUCUCUUGCCUUUUUAACAUCCUCACUGUACUUAAUUAAGCAAUAAGGCAUGAGGGGGGUGUGGUAUAUUGGCCAUAUACCACAAACCCCCGAGGUGCCUUAUUGCUAUUAUAAACUGGUUACCAAUGUAAUUAGAGCUGUAAAAAUAAAAUGUUGUGUCAUACCUGUGGUAUACAGUCUGGCUGUCAGCCAAUCAGCAUUCAGGGCUGGAAACACCCAGUUUAUAAUAGAAGAUAGCCAACACGUGGAGAAGAGGCUGACUGGCUGGCUGGCUGACUGGCUGGCUGGCUGACUGGCUGACUGGCUGACCGGCUGACCAGUUUAAAUUCCAGUCAAUUCAGGAAGUAAAACAAACUCCCAAUUCCAAAUGUUCCUCAUUGAAAAGCAUUGAAGAGAAUUGGAAUUUCAGUGUACUUCCUGCAUUGACUGGAACUGAAAUGGAAUUGACCCCAACCCUGGCUUACUGUAUACAGAAAGUGGACCAAGCCUCUCAACUGUAACUGCUGCUUCCUAAGCCGUGACCUCUCAACUCUAACAGCUGCUUCCUAAGCCGUGACCUCUCAACUCUAACAGCUGCUUCCUAAGCCGUGACCUCUCAACUCUAACAGCUGCUUCCUAAGCCGUGACCUCUCAACUCUUAACAGCUGCUUCCUAAGCCGUUCAUACUACAGCAUAUAGAGUAAGUGUCCAUUAUGAGUUAGCUGAAUGCCCUACCGGCCGAGAGGAAUCCAUUUUCAUCACAUCUCUUCUCUAUAAGGAGAGAUGAGAGGGGGCGGGGGGUUCUCUAAUGCUGAGGGUGCGUCAUAAACAGCACCCUAUUCUCUAUAUAGUCCACUACUUUUGGCCAGAGCUCUAUGGGCCCUUGUCAAGCGUAGUGCACUAUAAAGGGAAUUAGGGUGCCAUUUGGGAGGAACCCACAGAUGAACAGCAACUCUAUGUACAAACAUACAGCCUGCUCUAUGUACAAACAUACAACCUGCUCUAUGUACAAACAUACAGCCUGCUCUAUGUACAAACAUACAGCCUGCUCUAUGUACAAACAUACAGCCUGCUCUAUGUACAAACAUACAGCCUGCGCUAUGUACAAACAUACAGCCUGCUCUAUGUACAAACAUACAGCCUGCUCUAUGUACAAACAUACAGCCUGCUCUAUGUACAAACAUACAGCCUGCUCUAUGUACAAACAUACAGCCUGCUCUAUGUACAAACAUACAGCCUGCUCUAUGUACAAACAUACAGCCUGCUCUAUGUACAAACAUACAGCCUGCUCUAUGUACAAACAUACAGCCUGCUCUAUGUACAAACAUACAGCCUGCUCUAUGUACAAACAUACAGCCUGCUCUAUGUACAAACAUACAGCCUGCUCUAUGUACAAACAUACAACCUGCUCUAUGUACAAACAUACAGCCUGCUCUAUGUACAAACAUACAGCCUGCUCUAUGUACAAACAUACAGCCUGCUCUAUGUACAAACAUGCAGCCUGCUCUAUAACAACACCCUUAGUGAUAAACAUGCAGCCUGCUCUAUAACAACACCCUUAGUGAUAAACACACAUCACGGUGCUCCAAACGAUCUAAUUAGGAGUGUUGUUGAAACAGGAUGUGCUGUGUAUACAGUCGAAGUCGGAAGUUUACAUACAUACAUAGCCAAAAUAACAUUUCAACUCAGUUUUACACGAUUCCUGACAUUUAAAUCCUAGUAAGAAUUCCCUGUUUCAGGUCAGUUGGGAUCACCACUUUAUUUUAAGAAUGUGAAAUGUCAGAAUGACAGCCGAGAGAAUGAUUUAAUUCAGCUUUUAUUUAUUUCAUCACAUUCUCAGUGGGUCAGAAGUUUACAUACACUCAAUUAGUAUUUGGUAGCAUUGCCUUUAAAUUGUUUAACUCGGGUCAAACGUUUGAAAUGUCUAAAGCCAUGACAUCAUUUUCUGGAAUUUUCCAAGCUGUUUAAAGGCCCAGUCAACUUAGUGUAUGUAAACUUCUGACCCACUGGAAUUGUGAUACAGUGAAUUAUAAGUGAAAUAAUCUGUCUGUAAGCAAUUGUUGGAAAAAUUACUUGUGUCUUGGACAAAGUAGAUGUCCUAACCGACUUGCCAAAACUACAGUUUGUUUUAACAAGAAAUGUGUGAAGUGGUUGAAAAACGAGUUUUAAUGACUCCAACCUAAGUGUAUGUAAACUACCCACUUCAACUGUAUUUAAUUCUUUUGAAGGUAUAAUAUUGCAUUAAUUUGGACUGCCGAUGAGUUGUCAUGGUGAUUCUGAGGCCUUAACUAAAGGAGAUCGAAGUUCUAUAGCCAUCUGUUCAAUACUUCGCUCAGUCAUAAUACAAUGAUACACUUAUUCAAGCCAAGUAGAAUAAUACCUUAUCUUAUUCAUAAUAAAAUGAUUUAACUCAA